UUUUCCUUUAGGGUAUUUUAUUUUUCUCUCACAUACUUUAUUUUACUUUUCUUAAAUUUCCUCGUCCCCCUUUCGAAGGUUGCCGUCAAAAGUCUAUAGCUUUCUUCAGCUCGCCCGACCCAAGUUUUACUGGAAAGAGCAAACUAUCAAUAAUCAGGAAAUGUCAUUCUUGAAGCAUCUUUUGGGUGAUUUGGAGAUUCAAUUUUCAGUAUCAAUGUUUUAUCGCUCUGCAUCAUUUUCAGGUCUGAAGAAAAUCCCAGCAAGUUUCUUCAUCCUAGUCCGUCACUGAGAUAGCUAAAGGCUGUAGGUCUCACUACAUUGCAUCUGAGACAGAAAUUAAUUCCUUUUAUUUGCCAAAAAUGACAGAAAUCUUCAGUUACACAGCUUACAGGCAGUUAUCUCAGAUGUUCCUUGCAAUAAUCUUCUUUCACGGUUCUGAAUACAUUUUAGCACUUGCCACGCAUGGGAGCUCAAAUGUUACUCUUAAGUCUCUUCUGAUCAGUACAAACUAUCUUUUUGCAAUGAUCUUUUCAUUGGUGGAGUACUUCAUUGAAAUUGCUUUUUUUCCUGGGUUGAAGGAGCUCUGGUGGGUAAGCAACUUGGGCCUAGGAAUGGUUAUAAUCGGUGAAAUUAUAAGGAAAACAGCAAUAAUUACAGCUGGUCAGGCCUUCACACAUCUUAUCAGGAUUUCUCGUGCGGAGGAUCACAAACUGAUUACUCAUGGAAUUUAUGGAUUUGUAAGACAUCCUGGAUACUGUGGUUUCUUCAUCUGGUCAGUUGGUACUCAGAUAAUGCUCUGUAAUCCCGUGUCAACAAUUGCAUUUGUGGUUGUUGUUUGGCGCUUCUUUGCGCAACGGAUUCCAUAUGAAGAGCAUUUCUUGAGGCAAUUUUUUGGGUUGCAGUAUGUGGAAUAUGGCAGACGAGUUCCUUCUGGGGUGCCAUUUGUAAGCUGAUGAUCUAUGGAUUCUGUGAGCAGGGUUGCAUUUACAUUGCCGCCCUUGUGUUUAUUAAGAAGGUCUAAUUGUCGUUUUCUUGAAGGUACUGGGAAUUUCUCUGAAGCUGAACUGAUCAAUGGCUUGAAGGAGUGACCAAGUUAUGCUUGCUGGAAUUCUGAAGAUGGGUUCUUCUUAUGGUUCAUGUUUGGGAGAAAUUAUCCAACUGCAGCUGCAGUAUUGUGUUGGUGGAAGCUCAAAUGAAUCCACAGGGCUUUUGUAAGUAGGCAGAAGGCUUAGGGGAGUCAGGAUUUAGGACAAUUAAUUUUUAUCCUUUUCUGCAGUUAUUUUAAUUCACCUUAAAUCGAACAUGCCUAUCGCAAGCUGGCACUCACUAUAUAUUAAAGUUAGAACCUAGUUAUAA